GGCAUCUGGACAAGCCCCAGCGAGAGGCCACAGCGGCAUCAUGGUUCCUCAGUCUCUGGGGCUGGUGUUCUUCUGCUUCCUGCUCCAGCUCCAGGGACCGCUAGGAGCAGUAGUUUUCCUAACCCAGGAGGAAGCACACAGUGUCCUACACCGGCAACGGCGUGCCUACUCAUUCCUGGAGGAGCUAAGGACAGGCUCCCUGGAGAGAGAAUGCCUUGAGGAGCAGUGUUCUUUUGAGGAGGCCCGAGAGAUCUUCAAGAGCACCGAGAGGACAAAGCAGUUCUGGAUGGUCUACACCGAUGGGGACCAAUGCGCCUCGAAUCCGUGCCAGAACGGGGGCACCUGCCAGGACCACCUCCAGUCCUACGUCUGCUUCUGCCUCAUAGACUUUGAGGGCCGCAACUGUGAGAAGAACAAGAAUGCCCAGCUGAUCUGUGCAAAUGAAAAUGGCGGCUGUGACCAGUACUGCACUGACAAUCCAGGGACCAAGCGCACCUGCCGCUGUCAUGAGGACUACGUGCUGCAGCCGGAUGGGGUGUCCUGCAAACCGAAAGUUGAGUAUCCUUGUGGGAGAAUGCCUGUUGUGGAAAAAAGAAACUCCAGCAGCCCCCAAGGCCGGAUUGUGGGAGGCAAGGUGUGUCCCAAAGGGGAGUGCCCGUGGCAGGCUGUGCUGAAAAGCAGUGGGAUAUUGCUAUGCGGGGCCACCCUGAUGGACACCUCGUGGAUAGUGUCCGCAGCCCACUGUUUCGAUGGUAUCCGGAGUUGGAGGAACAUAACAGUGGUGCUGGGCGAGCACGACUUCAGCGAGAAGGACGGGCCUGAGCAGGUGCGGCGGGUGGUACAGGUCUUUAUCCCUGACAAGUACUCGCCAGGCAAGAUCGACCACGACAUCGCCCUGCUUCGCCUCCACCGGCCCGUGACCCUCACCGACUACGUGGUACCCCUGUGUCUGCCUGAAAGGGCCUUCUCUGAGAACACCCUAUCCAGAAUCCGCUUCUCCAGGGUCAGUGGCUGGGGCCAGCUGCUGGACCAUGGUGCCACCGCCUUGGAGCUCAUGGCUGUUGAGGUGCCCCGGAUGAUGACCCAGGACUGCCUGGAACGUGCCAAGCACAGUUCCAACACCCCCAAAAUCACCGACAACAUGUUCUGCGCUGGCUACGUGGACGGCACCAAGGACGCCUGCAAGGGCGACAGCGGCGGCCCUCACGCCACACACUACCGCGGCACAUGGUACCUGACAGGCGUGGUCAGCUGGGGGGAGGGCUGUGCUGCUGUUGGCCACGUGGGCGUGUACACCAGGGUCUCCAGGUACACAGACUGGCUGAUCAGAUUCAUGGACUCCAAGCUCCAGGUCGGGGUUUACCGAGUGGAACUACUCUAUCUCCUGGGUCAUCAGCAACUAAUGCAGCAAGGUUGGAAAUGGCAGGCCUGGUGGGCCAACACACCCUCUGCCAACCCUGACGUGUGCCAUGGGGCCAUGUGGACUCCCCUAGAUGUCACGUAUCAGAGAAGUGAGCGUGUGUCAAGACCCCGGCAGUUCAGGGUUCCCGUCCCCCGGAGGCUAGAUAAGCAGAGGGAGCAUGGCCACCUGGGGCCCGCGGUGAGUGAACCUUGUCCCAUGCCUGUCACAGCAACUGCUGUCCUUGACCACACCAUGGGGAGCCUGCUGCGACUCAGCCUGCUCUGUGUUGUCCUGGCCAGCCUAGUGUUACAUGGAAGAAGUGUGUUUAUUAACCGGGAACAUGCCAACAGUGUCCUCACGAGGAUUCGGAGAGCAAACUCAAUUUUUGAAGAGUUGAAGAAAGGAAAUCUGGAAAGAGAGUGUAUGGAAGAAAUGUGCAGCUAUGAAGAGGCCCGCGAAGUCUUUGAGGAUGUUAAGAAGACGAAUGAAUUCUGGAACAAAUACGUAGACGGUGACCAGUGUGACAACAAUCCUUGCCAGAAUCAAGGCCAGUGUCAGGAUGGCCUCGGGGACUACACAUGCACCUGCAUGGAGGGAUUCGAGGGCAAAGACUGUGAAUUCUUUGUCCGGAAACUCUGCAGCCUAGACAACGGAGAGUGCGACCAGUUCUGCAGUGAAGAGCAGAACACAGUGGUGUGUUCCUGUGCCAGUGGUUACUUCCUGGGCGAUGAUGGCAAAUCCUGCAUCUCCACAGUGCCCUUUCCCUGUGGGAAAACCACCAUAGGACGGAGGAAGAGGUCUCUAGGCCAGAGCACCAACCACAGUGAACCUGUCACUGAAGACUUCAUAAUGGACUUGGAUAUGCUGUCCCCUACGGAGAGCCCUUCUGAUCUGCUCAACCUCAACCAGACACAACCGGAAAAGGACGGCACAGACCUUAUUAGGAUCGUGGGUGGCCGAGAAUGCAAAGAUGGAGAGUGUCCCUGGCAGGCUCUGCUCAUCAAUGACGACAAUGAGGGGUUCUGUGGGGGCACCAUCUUGAAUGAGUUCUACAUCCUCACGGCAGCCCACUGUCUGCACCAAGCCAAGCGAUUCAAGGUGAGGGUAGGGGACCGGAACACAGAGCUGGAGGAAGGCAAUGAGAUGACACAUGAGGUGGACGUGGUCAUAAAACACAACAAGUUUGUGAGGGAGACCUACGACUUCGACAUCGCCGUGCUCAGGCUGAAGACCCCCAUCAUAUUCCGCAUGAACGUGGCCCCUGCCUGCCUGCCUGAGAAGGACUGGGCCGAGGCCACACUGAUGACGCAAAAGUCAGGCAUCGUGAGCGGGUUUGGACGCACGCAUGAGAAGGGCCGCCAGUCACACAUCUUGAAGAAGCUGGAGGUGCCCUAUGUCGACCGCAACACCUGCAAACUCUCCACCAGCUUCACCAUCACGCAGAAUAUGUUCUGCGCUGGCUAUGACGCCAAGCCGGAGGACGCCUGCCAGGGGGACAGUGGCGGCCCCCACGUCACCCGGUUCAAGGACACCUACUUUGUGACUGGCAUUGUCAGCUGGGGAGAGGGGUGUGCGAGGAAGGGCAAGUAUGGGAUCUAUACGAAAGUCACGGCCUUCCUCAGGUGGAUUGACAAGUCCAUGAGGGCCAGGGUGGUGCCCACGUCUGAGAUCCCACGGUCAACAAGUCCUCCCCAUUAAAGCGGUAGUCCUCCA